UUUUUUUGUGGCGUUUAGGGAAACGCCACUAUAAAUUAACGAAACACAACGUUUUCGAAACACGUUGUGUCUGAUCUCAGUGAAUGGCGCCGUAUUGGGUCAAUGUAUUGACCGUCAAAACCUCCGUCUCUUUGAACUCAGUCUCUCUUUCUCAGUCUCUACCACAACUCAGUUUCGCUCUCUUCCAAAACCCUCGAUUUGAAGCUCUCCCUCUCUCUCGCUCAGUUUCAAACACACACUCUCUCGCUCGCUCGCUCAAUUUCUCAUUCUCAACCCUCGAUUUGCUCGAUUGCAGAUCCAAAACGCUCGAUGGUUUGCGUUUCAUCGAUCUAUGUCGCUCGCAAUCGAACUCUCUAGCUAUGCUUCAUCGAUCUCUGUCGCUCGAGUUGUUCUUCAUUGAACUCGAACUCGAUCUAUUCUUUAUCAAAUCGAUCUGUUCUGUUCUUCGUCAAAUCGCAGAUCCAAAAUCCAAAAUCCAAAAUCGAUCUGUUCUAGCUGAUCUCUCUUGCUCUUAUAUCAGGAGACAAUAGGUCGCUUAAUCAAAUUCCUAUUGCUUGCAAAGAUGCAGUAGCAAUUUUGUUUAUGUUUGAUCUUACUAGCCGGUGUACUCUAAAUAU